AGAAGAAGGCACUGACUGGGGUCGGUUUCCGAUAACCUUAUCACUUAAUCGGCUCUAAUCAUCGGGCUUUUGACUUGGGCUGCGUUCUAGCUACCUUGGCCAACUUCUAGCCAGCUUCUAGAAGGCGCCUCCCUCUCCCUCCCCUCCCCCGAUUCGUUCACACCGUGCCACCCAUUUCCCGACCCCAUCGCCGCUCUUUCUCGUUCCGUGUUCACUCCGCCCUCACACCCGAGAGUGCCAAGAUGGCCCUCGUAGCGCUCAGCUCGCUGGUGGCCGCCGUCGCCGCAGCGGGAUGGAUCCUGUGGUGGAGGCGGGCGGCCUUUUCGGCGUCCAAGCUCGGCAACAUCCCGUAUCUCAAGUUCGACGGCGACGAUUCUGAGGCUAGGUACACGGCCGAGUCGCGCACCAUCAUUUCCAGGGGUUAUCAAGAGUAUCUCAAGCGCGGCCAGCCGUUCUGCAUGCGGAACCCCAUUGACAGCAAGCGCCCGCUUGUCAUCCUGCCCUUCAAAUAUCUUGACGAAGUGCGCAGUGCGCCGCAGAAUAAACUGAGUCUGCCGCUACAGCUUGACAAGAAUGCUCUCCUCAGCUAUGUAGGCGGCCCGCAGAUGACGGACGAGGUCGUCCACGCCGCCAAGCUCGAUCUCAACCGCGCCCUUAACAGGCUGGUUGAGCCCAUGCAAGAGGAGUGUCUGGCUGCAUUCAAGAAGGACUUUCCUCCGUGCCAGGAAUGGACAACCGUCUACAUCUAUCCGCUCAUUCUGCAAGUAUUCUCGCGCAUGUCGGCUCGCGUGCUAGUCGGCCCCGAGCUGCGCGACGAGUGGCAGAAGCUGUCGCUGGCCUACGUGAGCGCGGUUCUGAAAGCGCCCUCGACCGUGCGGGCCAAAUACCACCCCUCGCUGUACUGGCUGGCCAAGUACCUGAACCCGGACGUGAAGGAGGUGCUCAAGUUCCGACGGCAGGCCGGCCAGCUGCUGCAGCCCACAAUCAAAGCCCGCCUCGCCUCACCUGGCGUCGAGCCCCACGAGGACGCCCUCCAGUGGCUGCUGGACGGGCACCGGGCCAAGGGCCGCACGCCGACGGCCGACGACAUCGCGCAGGACCUGUUCGUACUAAUGACAGCGUCGAUCCACAGCACCUCGUCGACAGCGCUGUCCAUCCUGUUCGACCUGAUGGACCACCCCCAGCCGCUAGCCGACAUCCGCCGCGAGAUCGCCCGGGUGCGCAGCCAGAACUCGGCGGGCUGGACACGCCACGCGCUGAGCGAGCUGCACACCCUUGACGCAUUUAUGCGCGAGAGCCAGCGCGUGCACUCCUUCACUCAGCUGACGGUGCAGCGCGUCGUGGCGUCGCCGUGGACAUUCAAAGACGGGCUGUCGCUGCCGGUGGGCACGCAGCUGUCGUUUGCGAGCAACGAGCACAACCUGGACGCGGACACGCACGCGGACGCGGCGACGUUCGACGCGGGGCGGUUCCUGCGACGGACGGCGGCGGCGGACCCGAGCAGCCAGCACCGGCUGCACUUUGCGUCGACCGAGGACACGCUGGUGUGGGGCAGCGGCGCGCACGCGUGUCCCGGGCGCUUCUUCGCCGAGGAGGCGCUGCGGCUCAUCUUUGUGCGCUUGCUCACGGCCUACGACUUCAAGCACCCCGCCGACGGCCAGCAGCGGCCGCCCGAUAUGCCGCGCAACUUCAACAUCGUGCCCAAUGUCAUGGCGCCGCUGCUGUUCCGCGAGAAGGGCGCCUAAGCUGGCGAGGAUGCUGGACAGGCUGUAAUUGUAACCAGGUAGCAGAUUCAGGAGACGAAUGAACUGGAUUAUUGCAAUAUUGCAGAAAUCAACUGUGAAAUGACUGUCUAGGUCUAGUGUCCACUAGGAAAAUUAGACCUCGGAUGUGAUGACUUUGAUAGUCCGACUGCCUGCACGCUGAAAGAGGCGCAGUUUACCCAUCCCCGAAUCCCUCUCAACCAUUCGUAUAUACAUGCGCAAUCUGGGAGCUAUAGCGGCUUCGUACUGCCCCGAGCACCAAAUUACCGCUCAA